AUGUCCCCGCUGUCCCUGUGCCCUCGCUGCCCCCACAUCCCCACAAUCCUGAGCACGGUGGACUCCCAAGCUCCCAGCGCCGCGGGGCCAUCAGGCUGUGGCCCUGUCCCCGUCCCUGUCCCCGUGGUGGCCGUGCCAGGCCCAGGGGUGGCAGCAGCGUUGCCCAACGGGGCCCCCCCGGGUCCCCCCGCGGUGACAGACGACAGCAAAACCAACCUGAUUGUCAACUACCUGCCCCAGUCCAUGAGCCAGGAGGAGCUGAGGAGUCUCUUCGGGAGCCUCGGCGACAUCGAGUCCUGCAAGCUCGUCCGGGACAAGGUCACCGGACAAAGCCUGGGCUACGGCUUCGUCAACUACGUGGAGGCUGGGGACGCUGACAGGGCCAUCGGGGCCCUCAACGGCCUCAAGCUGCAGACCAAGACCAUCAAGGUGUCCUAUGCCCGGCCCAGCUCGGCCUCCAUCCGUGAUGCCAACCUGUACGUGAGCGGGCUGCCCAAGGCCAUGGGGCAGAAGGAGAUGGAGCAGCUCUUCUCCCAAUAUGGCCGCAUCAUCACCUCCCGCAUCCUCGUGGACCAGGUCACAGGUGUGUCCCGAGGGGUGGGGUUCAUCCGCUUCGACAAGCGCGUGGAGGCCGAGGAGGCCGUGCGGGGGCUGCACGGGCAGAAGCCCCUCGGGGCGGCCGAGCCCAUCACGGUCAAGUUCGCCAACACCCCCGGGCAGAAAUCGGGGGGGGCCCUGCUGAGCCUCUGCCCCGGAGCCCGGCGUUACGGGGCUCUGCACCCCCCCCCGCAGCGCUUCCGCCUCGACAAUUUGCUGAACGUGGCAUACGGGGUGAAGAGGUUCUCACCGUUGGCCAUCGAGGCGGUGCCGGCGCUGGCCGGGGUGGGCUUGGGGACCCCCGGCCCCGGCUGGUGCAUCUUCGUCUACAACCUGGCCCCGGAGGCGGACGAGAGCGUCCUGUGGCAGCUCUUCGGGCCCUUCGGCGCCGUCACCAACGUCAAGGUCAUCCGGGACUUCGCCACCAACAAGUGCAAAGGCUUCGGCUUCGUCACCAUGACCAACUACGAGGAGGCGGCCAUGGCCAUCGCCAGCCUCAACGGCUACCGCCUGGGCGACCGCGUGCUCCAGGUGUCCUUCAAGACCACCAAGCAGCACAAGGCUUGA